AUGUCAGUCUCGAACAUCGAUGCACUUGUAUCUGCAAUAGAAGAGCUUCCAGAAGUGCAUUCUACAACAUGUAGUGAGCAGAAAAAACAGCAAACUCACAAAACUACCAAACAGGAUGCCAGUCUAUUGAUGGAAUUAAAUAAGCGAGGUGCACGAACUCUGGGUAAAUCUAGUGGAGCAAAUCUAUCCGUGGCAGCGGAAAAGGAGAGAGCAAAUGCUCGGGCAGCUUUACAUAAAAAGAUUGAUGCUGCUUCAAAAAGUCGAACAAAAUCCUCUAUAGCUACAUCUAGCAACACUAGUCGCAAAUCUAAAGACGCAUAG